UCUGUACCUGCUACCACUGACAAUGGUACAAAGUCUUCCCGCGAGUCGCAAGGGUGUGAAGUAUCACAUAUUCCGAGGGCAUUAAACUGGUCAAAUAAAAUUUCAAGUGUGCACCCGUGAGCUCCGCCGGGCUAAAUAGCAAUCAGUUCAACUGCAGCUCCAAAGGUUAAAAGAACACACCCAAAUUCCUCUUCUAAAUGGGUUUGUUUUGCCACACAGCCAUAAAUAUAUUGUGCCUAUAAAUUCUACUCACAUAUCACAGUUUAAAGUUCUACAUUUUUAAUAGAAGGAGCAAAACAGCCUACCAGGAAACUGGAGCACAAUUUCAUCUUGAGAGGAACAUGCUAUGGCUCUACACCAACAGCUCAGCCUGUGGCAGAAGAUAUUGCUAGGGAUCCUUUGCUUCCCACUGCUCCCCAUCUACUUCUGUGUUUCUUACCUGUGCCUCAAAAGAAAGAAGAAAAAUGAACUGGAGGAAAACAACGUAGAUAUUGGUCAUGUGGAGAGUGGCCAUUUCAUCCGGAAGACUACAGAGGAGGAUGGAACGUUCUGUGCGGAUGGAAAGAAUGAAGAAAAAUGUCACACGGCAUUCAAGUAUCCAUGGGACAAGAAAAACCUAAAAUCUCUGCAGGUAGACCUUGUGGCAUUGGCAAAGCUGGAUGCAUAUGCUACAAAGGUGAAUGGCCACAGGACCCUUGAACUUCUAGUAAAGGAUCUUCUCUGUGAUGCUUCUACAGACUUGGAGAAAACACGAGCCAUUUGGAUAUGGAUCUGUCAACACAUAGAGAAUGAUGCAGCUGAGACAAAAAAUAAAGGUUUGGUUCCACCUGAUCCAGAAGCCACCUUUCAGAGCAAGAAGACCUUCUGUACUGGUUACUCCUCACUGUUUCAGAGGAUGUGCAGUGUUUGCAGCCUUGCAGACAUCCGGUGUAACACUGUGUGCGGCUACAGAAAAGGACAGACAUUUUCUGAAGGGCCUAAUCAUGCAUGGAACACAGUGUAUCUGGAAAACAGUUGGCACUUACUAGACUGCACAAUGGGAGCAGGUUACGUUGAUGACAGCAUGAACAAGUUUACAUUUCAAUACAACGAGUUCUAUUUUCUGACACACCCUGCACUCUUCAUUGAAGACCACUUCCCAGAGCGGACGCAUUACCAACUCCUAGAGUUGCCUUUGUUUCAAAACCAGUUUGAAGGAAAUGUCCAUCGUAGAAGCCACUUUUACACUCUUGGGCUGGGCUCUUCUCACCCUCAUACAUCUUCCAUUGAGACAGUGAGAGGGAAGGCCUGUGUUACUAUUGAGAGAAGUCAACAGAUACAAUUCAUCUUUUCCUUAAAUGAAACAGAGCAGCCAGGUUUGAUAAGGUUGACCAAACAUGGAACUAUUUUUGAUGUAUACCCUCUUAAAACUGGGCAGCAUCUUCUACAGAUAUUUGCUAAGAGACCUGAUGUAGAUAAAGCCUAUCGAUUAGUUCUGGAUCACGUAAUAGACUGCAAAGCAGUGGAUAACAGUGUAAAGAUUCCUACGAUUCUCAGCAACCCUGUUGGUCCUAGUUGGAUAUCGGAGAAAGCAGGGCUCAUUCAACCCUCACACGUUGAUCCAAUCAUUAAUACAGAAGAUGGACGCUGCACUGUUGGGUUUGUUCUAGAAAGAACAAUAAAGCUCACUAGCAAUUUAAAAUCUGAUGAAGUAAAAAACAUGCCAAACCAUGUCAUACAGUGGAGGCAGAAACGUAAGGUUGAGUUCCAAGUUCAUCUCCCACAGCCUGGUACUUAUGUUCUGCAGAUAUUUGGUGGUUCCUCAGGCUACAUCUGCAACUAUCUCAUAACCUGCUCCAACCCCAGUGUAAAAUGGAAACCUUUUCCUGCUGUGCUUCAUAAUCCAGUUGGCCCAAACCCAGAUACAGAGAAAAUCGGAAUUCAUCCUUCUUCCCACCCUGAGCCAGUCAUUAAUACAGAGGAUGGAUGCUGCAAUAUUAGCUUUGCACUUAAUAAAGUACUCCAUAUCAGCAGUUGCUUGAAGUAUGAAGAUGUAAAACCUCUACGAAAUCAUAUAAUCCAGAAAUCCCAAAAGAACAAUGUUACAUUUAACGUUCGUCUUCCACAAGCUGGAUCCUAUGUCCUCCAGAUUUUUGGUGGCUCCACUGGUUACAUCUGCAACUACCUCUUGAUUUGUACAAACCCUAAUGUCAAAUGGCCUCCUUUCCCAGCUGCACUUCAUAACCCAGUAGGCCCAAAUCCUGAAACGGAAAAGGUUGGACUUUGCCGUCCUUCACACUCUGAACCCAUCAUUAAUACUGAGGAUGGUAGUUGCAUUAUUAGCUUUGCAUUAGACACAGUUCUGAAACUGACCAGCAGCUUGAUAUCUCAUGAUGGCCAAAACAUUCUCAACCAUGUUUUACAGAAGUCCCAGAAGGAUAGGAUUGAGUUUAAUAUUUGUCUUCCACACUCAGGUUCUUAUGUUUUCCAGAUAUUUGAAGAUACUAUUGGUUAUAUUUGCAACUACCUCUUGACUUGUACAAACUAUAAUUUCAAAUGGCCUCCUUUCCCAUCUGCACUUCACAAUCCAGUUGGCCCCACCCCAGAAACAGAAACUAUUGGACUCCUCCGGCCUUCACAUCCUAAUCCAAUCAUUGAAAGUGAGAAUGGCUGUUGUACCAUAAAUUUUGAACUGGAGCGAGAUUUAUGCGUUUUUCCUACACUACAUUCUGAGAAACCUCCAAUCACACCUGGAACAGAACAUCGGUACACUUUUCAAAUGCAUAAACAGAAUACCAUUGAAAUUAUGGUUCGUCUACCCUGUGCUGGGACCUAUGUUUUACGUGUAAAUAUAAUGCCGAACAAUAGCACAGAAUAUACCUCACAAUGUAACUAUCUGAUUAAUUCUACCAACACUUCAGUCAAAUGGCCUGUGUUCCCUUUGGCAUAUGAAUCUUGGGCUAAGAAUUUUGAGCUGGUGGAACCUUUAGAUGGAGUUCUUCCAGAGAAGAGCCCCGUUUACUUUAAGCUCCGGGUUCCUGGGGUGGAAAGUGUAUUGGUUAAAGCAAAAAAUGAUUUUCCUUUGAGUCUUAGUGAAACGGGAUACUGGGAAGGAACCUGCAAUACAAACGACUGUAAAUAUAUUUAUGUCAUUGUUUGCCAUAAGGCCCAGCCACAUUCUCGUGACUACAUCUUGCAGUAUCAAGUGGACAACAGACAAUAAAACUGUUUUGUGAUUGUUUCCAGUCCUAACCCAUUAGGACUAUGUUUUUGUAUGUACAAAAUAAAGAAGGCAUAUUUCCUGA